AUGCUAGAGCCCAGUAAUAACUUGCCAAUCUCUGAGGAUGCAGCCUUUUCUGGUGAUUUAUCUAAGGACGAAGCCCUAGAGGGAUCACCUGGCCUGCCAACAACUUGCGGCGUGUGCCAAAAUACGCUCAAAAACCCCGUCAUAUUAAAUUGUCUACACAUUUUUGAUCGCGACUGUCUUAUAAACUACGAAAAUAAUGACGGUCUUGCAGACUACAUCAAGUGUCCGCGUUGCGAGAAAACAUCCGGUGGACUGAAGAGUCUGGAGCCUUUUAAUAUUUCUGUUCUUGAGAAAAAAGAAGACUCCGAUACUAAUGAAUCCGAAACUGUCAUAAAAUGUUCAACCUGCACUGAAGGUCGGGAAGCACAGUAUAGAUGUAUACACUGUGCAGGUACCCUCUGUGAUAGGUGUAGAGACAUACAUAAGGUCAUGAAACUUUUCUCCUUCCAUGAAGUUCUUGACCUUACCGAAAGCGAGAAGAAAAACAUAAAAGAACUUACAAAAACCAUGCAAAACGCUAAGCCAGUGCCAUGCACAGAACAUGCGGGCGAUGUAUACUCUUUGUUCUGCAUGCAAUGUCACGUUUCCAAUUCAAAAACCUCACAGGUACCUAUGUGCCGUGGAUGCUAUGAAACCGAUCACAAGGGUCAUGUUAAAUUAAGUUUGACGGCUGUACCGAAGCACCUCGAAUCUCUCUUGUCCGAGGGAAUGCGCGAAUGUCACGAAAAACAGGAUACCUUCCGUGAAGUGACAGAUAGUUUGCAUUCUGCGUUAUCUGAUCUAAGCGCCUCUCGCGACCACAACAAAAACCACAUUGAGGAACUUUGCAACACAUGGAAGGCCGCAGUCGAUGCAGUCAAGGAGGAAUUCCUUCAGAAAAAUCGCGAACUUCACGAUGACCUCGAGAUGAGGGUUUGGUCUCGCAUUAACCAAAUUAGGAAGACCGUCGACCAUAUUGAUUUUGUUUCGGAGUUUUGCUCUUCCUACUUGCAGAAGUGUUCUACGCUUCAAAUGAGCAGGCUGGUUAAGGUCGUCCUAGGUUGUAUUGAACAGUUGAAGUCGACAAAUUUUCGUCCUGACAUACCUUCGAAAAUUUUGUUUAACGAGCCCCAGAGUUCUAUUAACUCCGUAAUCUACAACAAUUUUGGAUCAUUUGACUUGCCGACCACAGAGGCAGCGCAUCUCCUCUCUGACAGCUCCCCAGUUUCGGACCAUGCCGGACGUCUUCUCAGGCUGAAUACUUUCCCCGGAGAAGAUCUGAGCGAGACUUUUAAGAAUUUGGCGGUGAAGACGAGCCAUUCUCACGACCACUUCGCAAGUCAGCACCAAUUACCGGUGGGCUUGUCAGACACUCAUACAGGUCAAAACAGAGCCAUAACCACAGGCCUCAUGUCUGAGAACGGGGAUACGUCCGCCAUCGUUCCACACCGUGCUGGCCCUAUCAGUUUGGCAUCGAACGUUUCAGCUUGGGGAGAUUUGCCAAUGGGGACUUUCGACCAAGCCUUUAAUUCACAUGUAACGCAAAUGAACCCUGUGUUUCUCAAUCAGGGUCUUACCGUUGGUCCGGUUAGUCAGGAUGGGCUGCGCUCUCCGUCUAUUUGUCCUCCCGGAAUGGAUCUGGACCCUAACAGUCUCUUAUCGAGGUCCAAACUGCCUGUCAGUUACAAUGCAUCCCUUUACGAAUACUCUCGUAUACGAUCAGCACGGUGCGCUAGUAUGUCGUUAUUAGCAAAGUGGGGCUCACUUGGUUGCGAACUUGGGCGCCUUAACUCGCCCCAUGGCUUCUGUCUUGGUUUUGAUGAAGAAAUUGUUGUCGCGGACACUUACAACCAUCGAAUACAGAUUUUUAGUAAACUUGGAGACUUUAUUUCAUUCUUUGGCGUCUCGGGACGCGUGGAUGGACUGUUAUGGUACCCAAGAAAAGUGGCCAUUAUACGACAAAGUCAACGCUACGUCGUUUGCGAUCGUGGUAAUGAACGGUCGCGAAUGCAACUUUUCAGUCGUAGUGGUCAUUUUGUUCGACGUAUUCAAAUAAAGUAUAUUGACAUAGUUGCGGGCUUGGCCAUCAACCAACAUGGUCACAUAGUCGCCAUCGACAGCGUGUCUCCCUCAGCCUUUGUUCUGUCAGAGGAAGGUGAACUGAUAAGGUGGUUUGACUGCAGCAACUAUAUGAAGGAGCCGUCCGAUGUCGCAAUCCACGGCCGAGAGUACUACAUUUGCGACUUUAAGGCGCAUUGUGUCAUCGUGUUCCAAGAAGAUGGUACUUACAUUCGUCGUAUCGGUGGCGAGACAAUCACUGACUUCCCUAACGGUAUAGACGUCAGUGACCACGGAGAUGUGCUUGUUGGAGAUUCUCAUGGCAAUCGGUUUCAUAUUGCCGUAUUUAAUAGGACCGGUGAUCUUCUCAGUGAAUUUGUCUGCAAUCAGACCAAAGUCAGUAGGUCCUGCUGCCUAAAGAUAACAACGGAAGGCUAUGUCGUCACCUUGGCCCGAAGUUCGAACAAUGUGCUAGUUUUGGAUACGCUUUACAUAAGCUAA